UUAAAAUUUUGUUUUAAUUUUAUUAGGGCAUAGAAAUAGGGUUGCUUCGAUCGCCUGCGUUCUUUCCUCCAACUGCGAUCAUCAGGCUUUAACUUCGCUUCUCUCUACCCUUUCAAGCUGAACCGCACCAACUCACAGCGGCAGCUCCUUGCUACGUUACGCUUGUCAUCCCGUGCGCCACUAAGCUUUGCCACUCAAAGCGGCGAUAAGUGAGGUAGACUAGCUCCACGGCUGGAAGCUGCAGCUUUGUCGUUUCUUUUCGUUUGGUCUUGGUCUUUGUCUUUCCCAAGGGACAAAAUCCAGCGGCGAGCGGAGCGAGAUUUAAAACAGAAUCAAGCAUGGGAUCCAAAAACAAAGGCCUUAAGACCAAAAAUAAGGAAAAGAACAAGAACAAACCUAAUUCUACACUCUCAACGCAAUAUAGCAACACCAACAAAAAUGAAAAGAGCAGUAGCAAGAUCAUUACGGACGCUCGAUUUGCAUCCCUGCACUCGGACCCUCGGUUCCAGAAGGUUCCGAGGCACAAGACGAAGGUUGUCAUUGAUUCUCGUUUUAAUCGGAUGUUCAAUGACAAGAAAUUUGCCCCGUCUUCCGCACCUAUGGAUAAGCGAGGGAAACCUAAGAAGGGAAAGGCACAGAGCUCUCUUCGCCAUUAUUAUCACCUUGAAGAUGAUGAUGAAGAAGAAGAGAAAAGAAAGAAAGACGUUGUGAGUGAAGGGGGUGAUAGCGAGGAGUUUGAUGAGGAGAGUGAGAGCAGUGAAAUGUUGGAGUCAGAAAAGGAGGAGGAGAAGGGAUCAGAAUCCGGUUCCACUACGGAUGAGGAAGAUGUCGAUAUAGUUUAUGAGGAUGGAGAGCCUGAAAUACAGGAAGAAAAUGUCCCAAUGAUUGAAAAGGAAACCCGCAGGCUUGCUGUUGUUAAUAUGGAUUGGAGGCAUGUUAAGGCUGCUGACUUGUAUGUAAUGCUAAGCUCGUUUCUCCCUAAAGAUGGACAAAUUAUUUCAGUUGCUGUUUAUCCAUCUGAGUUUGGAAUUCAGUGUAUGAGAGAAGAGGAAAUUCAUGGACCAGUAGGGCUAUUUGAUGGUGAAAAUGAGGAAAAUGAUGAAGAUGGUGAUGAUGAAAUUGAUAAUGAGAAAUUGCGUGCAUAUGAGAAAAGUAGGCUAAGAUACUACUAUGCAGUAGUAGAAUGUGAUUCUACUGCAACAGCAGAUUACUUGUACAAAUCUUGUGAUGGAGCUGAGUUUGAAAGGUCAUCAAAUGUGCUUGAUUUGAGAUUCGUUCCUGACUCUAUGGAAUUUAAACAUGCACCCCGUGAUGUUGCAACAGAGGCACCUGCAGACUAUGAGGGUUUAAAUUUCCAUACACAAGCACUGCAGCAAAGUAAAAUUCAUCUUUCAUGGGAUGAAGAUGAACCACAACGUGGGAAAAUUUUGAAACGAAAAUUCAAUGCUGAACAGCUGGCUGAAUUGGAGUUGAAGGAGUUUCUGGCUUCUGAUGAGAGUGAAAGUGAUGAUGAUGAGAAUGAAGACACCGCAAAGGAUCAAUCUGAUAAGAAAAAUAAAAAAAGAGAUAUAUACCGUGCCUUACUUCAGUCUGGUGAUGGUUCUGAUGAAGAUGGUGAGGAUGAUGGCCAGGAUAUGGAAGUCACUUUCAAUACUGGCCUGGAGGAUAUAAGUAAGCGCAUUUUAGAGAAGAAAGAUAAGGAAGCAGAAACAGUUUGGGAGGCCCAUCUAAGGAAAAGACAGGAGAAAAGGAAGGCCAAGAAAAAUAAAUCUAAAUAUUCAUCAGAAGAUGAGAGUUAUGAGUCUGAUAAAGAAGCUACAGAACCUGAUGACUUCUUUGUUGAAGAGCCUUUUAAGAGUAAGAAAAAAAGGAAGCAACUUGAAAAUGUGGAGAAGGAAGCCAACGCAACCAGAGCAGAACUUGAGUUAUUACUAACUGAUGACAAGGGAGCUGACACUGAUCUUAAGGGAUACAAUCUAAAGCCUAAAAAGGCUAAGGGGAAAACGAGAAAAGAAGUUCUAGAUGAGGAAAAACUACCGGUUGUUGAUGAUGAUCCACGAUUUUCUUCUCUUUUUACGUCGCCUCUCUAUGCUUUGGAUCCCACUGACCCACAGUUCAAAAGGAGUGCAACUUACGCUCGGCAAAUAGCAAAAAAGCUGCAGAAGGGUGAACAGCAAGAAUUGGCUGUGGAGGACAAGAAGAUGCCCAAAAAUGCUCAGUUCCCAUCAGGUGAUCCUGGGAUGAACAAAGUUGAGCAUGAGAAGUCUGAUAUUUUGUCAUCGAAGGAGAAGCAUGCCUUGUCUUCGAUGGUAAGAUCAGUCAAGAUGAAGUUAAAACAAGUUCAACUGCCCUCUGACCUAAAGAUGUCAAAGAAAAGUUUAUCAGGCAUGGGGAGAAAGAAGGAGCAGCAUCCGGUUCAUUCAAUGAAGAAGUUCAAGGAUUUGAGAAAAUGAAAACAAGACUUCUCUUCCUGUCAUUUUUGUUGAGGACUUAGGCUCCAUUCCAAGCUGAAGUUUGAGCUUUUGCAUUUGUUUAUAUGCGGCAACAAAACUUAUGUUAGUUACUCCCACCUCUGCUUCCACCCAGCUGCUCCAAAAUGCGUCCCCAUAGGAAUUCUCUGUUUGAUUUUUUGCCCCUUAAAUAUCUACCAUAAAUUUGCUAUUAUUUCUUCUGCUUCUGAAUUUGUUGGUAGUUCCUAUGUGCAAAUGUACUUGGUUUUGCUUCAAAAUUUCCCUGAGUUUUAUUAACAGAAUCCUUGUUGAUUAAAGUGCUUCGUAAUCCUGAAAUCCGCUAAUCUUUCAGCAAGUGCCAGAAUGUGCUGAUUGCAUGGUUUCUCAUUUGUGCAUUUAUAGUAUGCUCCUACAAUCAAGAAUCCC